AUGAUGAUUUGCCCGACCAGAGGAAAACCAUUUUUUCUAUUUAUUGGUGUUGUAAGUAUAUUGUUCUUGGUUUCUGUUCUUGUUAAAAUUACACGAAAUAAUAAUGAUGAUGCCUUUGAAAGAAAAAGUGCACAUGUUAUUAGUGGAACAGUUAGAACAGAAAAAUACACAUUUGGAAAUAUAACUUUUGAUAAUAAUUCACCUUUUAUUUUUAUUGGUGGUAUGCCAAGAUCAGGUACAACAUUGAUGCGGUCAAUGAUGGAUGCUCAUCCAUUAGUAAGAUGUGGUGAAGAGACAAGAGUUAUACCACGAAUUUUAUCAUUAUUAAGUCAAUGGAAAAGAAGUGAAAAAGAAUGGAGACGAUUACAGGAAGCUGGUGUAACAGAAGAAAUACUUGAUGUUGCUAUUACAUCAUUUAUUAAUCAUAUUAUUGUUGGUCAUGGUAAAUUAGCAGAACGUCUUUGUAAUAAAGAUCCAUUUACAUUAAAAUCAACAUUAUAUCUAUCAAGAGUAUAUCCAAAUGCUAAAUUCUUAUUAAUGAUAAGGGAUGGUCGAGCAACGAUACAUUCAGUUAUAACAAGAAAAGUAACAAUUACUGGUUUUGAUUUAACAAAUUAUAAACAAUGCUUACAACGUUGGAAUGCAGGAAUAGAAUUAAUGUAUAAACAAUGUAUGGAAGUUGGUCCAUUAAAAUGUAUGGUAGUUCAUUAUGAAAAACUAGUUCUUCAUCCUCGUUCAAUGAUGGAAAAAAUAUUAAAAUUUCUGGAUAUUCCAUGGAAUGAAACUGUCCUUCAUCAUGAACAAUUUAUAGGUAAAAAAAUUUCUUUAUCAAAAGUUGAAAGAAGUUCUGAUCAAGUAGUUAAACCGGUAAAUCUUGAUGCAUUAUCGAAAUGGGUAGGAAAUAUACCAGACGAUGUUGUUAAAAAUAUGGCAAAAAUAGCUCCUAUGCUUCGAGUUUUAGGAUAUGAUCCACAUGCUAAUCCACCAAAUUAUGGAGUUCCCGAUCCAGAAGUUCUUAAAAAAACAGAAGACAUACAUAUUCAUGGACAAGAAUGGUAUAAAAAAGCCGUUGCUGUUGUUAAUGAUCCAAAACGUGUUGACAAACCAAUAGUACAAUAG